UCUCUCUCUCUCUCUCUCUGAGUUCAAGUUCAUGGAGCGUUGGAGCGGAGUCUUAAAGGUUACUCUCGAUCCCAGUAGUAGGGCCUACUACCGAGUUGCGGCUUCUCUGUGCCUCGCUCCUUCAUCGAAAUCGCUAACUAUACCUUCUGCACAUGCAAUUUUCUUCAACGGAGAUCGGGUUGAAGGCACUGGGAAUCCCGUGAUCGAGAGGCUGUCGGAUUUGCAGAAUUUAACCGACAUUCUGGUUUCGAAAUUGGGUGCUUCCGUUAAUGCUUGGGUUAUCGAAUCUUCCAUUUUUAACGGACCUUUUGCUGUUUAUAAAGAUUUUAUCCCCUCUGUGAACUAUAGAGGAGAGCCCAAAACUUACAGUCCACAUGGAUUUCCUGCUUCUACAUCAAUUGUCUUGCUCUUAUCGAAAUGCCUUGAAGAGCAGGCUCAGAAUGUGAUUCCUGGAGGACAUCAAAAACCAUCAUCAUCAUGUCCACGUGUGCCUAAAACUGUGGUCCUUGGUUUUAGCAAGGGUGGAGCUGUACUUAACCAGAUAGUUACCGAACUUGCUUAUUCAAGCAUUGAGAACAAAGUAGGGACUACUAAAUUGAAACAGCCAGUGGGUGGAAAUUUCUCUAGAGAUCAGGAAGAAGAACAGAUUAUACCCAAUUCAAAGGAAAGCUUCUUAAGCAGCAUUUCCGAGAUUCACUAUGUAGAUGUUGGCCUAAAUUCAGCUGGAGCAUAUCUGACUGAUCCCGAUGUAGUUUCAAGAAUCUCGGAGCAUGUGAUGGGGGGUGGUUCAGAAAUUCAUUUUGGCUUGCAUGGAACUCCCAGACAGUGGUGUGAUGGCAUGAGAUCAUGGAUUCGGAAUGAGAAAGACAGAUUGCUUCAUCUGCUUCAAGAUGCAUCCAAGAAGAGUGGAGGAAAACUAAAGGUGUGUGAAAAAUUUUAUUUUGCAGAUAAGCGCCCAGAUAUGCAGAUGCAUUUCGAAAUAAUUGAAAGAUUGGAUAUGAGUUAACGUUGUAAAUUUUACUUUUGGUGGGCAUACAUAACUUUUGGAAUUUUAUAAGAUGGUGUUUGUAUCUUUGAAAUAUCAUGUUGAGAAGCUUUUAUUUGCA